AUGUACCAGGUCGAGCAUGGUGUCAAGGAUAAGGAGAAGGCAGCCACUAUGCACCCAGCAAUUGCAGAACUGGAAGCCAGUAGAAGCGCUUUUAAGGAUGACUUUGCGCUCAACUGUCUUGCCAGAAAACAAUUUCGGGAAGCCAAGCGUGCUGCCAACAAAUCGGCUUUGCAAGAUGAGGCCCUAGUCAAUCGGCUGUCCUUAGCUGGUUCGCAGAUUAAGCUGCUUCCUGAAGCAGAUGAUGAUGCCAGCAAGGCCAAGUUAAUUCGUCUUAUGCACGAAAAAUAUCAAGUACCGCACCUUAUCCGCUAUUCUUAUGAGUACUUAGAUCAUCUUAACUGUCUUUUUUAA